AGUGGCUUGGAUGAGAUCUCUGCUUCUCGUUAUAAUUCACUUGAAAAUUCCACAUUUUAUAAAAUCCCAAAAAACUCUCCCUUCUAACCCCCUUUCUCAGAUCUCUCUCCCUUGUUCGCUUUUGCGGGUCUAAGGGUUUCGUUGCUGUUCUAGAUCUCACAGCGAUUCGAAUCCCCCGCAGGGUUCGAAACGCUUUCUCUCUCAAUCUUUACAUCUCUUCGCUGUGGACUCUCAGUUCACUGCUGGCCUAAUCGCAUCCGCAGAUCCGAGCCUUCCUUUCCGAGCCGUCGAUCUGCGCAACCAUGGCGGCCGCGAACGCUCCGAUCACCAUGAAGGAAGCCCUAACGCUUCCGAGCGUUGGGAUUAAUCCACAAUUCAUAACAUUCACACAUGUUACUAUGGAAUCCGAUAAGUACAUAUGUGUUCGGGAGACUUCGCCGCAGAAUAGUAUUGUUAUUAUUGAUAUGAGUAUGCCGAUGCAACCUUUGAGGAGGCCAAUCACUGCGGACUCUGCACUUAUGAAUCCAAAUUCCAAAAUCCUUGCAUUGAAAGCCCAAGUCCAAGGUACUACUCAGGAUCACCUUCAAAUAUUUAACAUUGAGAUGAAAGCAAAAUUGAAAUCACAUCUUAUGCCUGAACAGAUUGUUUUUUGGAAGUGGAUAACCCCAAAGAUGUUGGGUUUAGUCACUCAGACUACAGUGUAUCACUGGUCAAUUGAAGGGGAGUCGGAACCUGUCAAGGUGUUUGAGCGAACAGCUAAUCUGGCAAACAAUCAGAUAAUAAAUUACCGUUGUGAUCCUUCUGAGAAGUGGUUGGUUUUGGUUGGAAUUGCUCCUGGUGCUCCGGAGAGGCCACAAUUGGUUAAAGGAAAUUUGCAACUCUUCUCUGUGGAUCAGCAGCGCAGUCAAGCUCUUGAAGCACAUGCUGCAUCAUUUGCUCAAUACAAGGUUCCAGGGAAUGAGAAUCCCUCGACUCUUAUUUCUUUUGCCACUAAGACCCUGAAUGCUGGACAGAUUACAUCAAAGUUACAUGUUAUUGAGCUCGGUGCCCAGCCAGGGAAGCCAUCUUUUACGAAGAAACAAGCAGAUCUGUUCUUUCCUCCAGAUUUUGCUGAUGAUUUCCCAGUUGCCAUGCAGAUGUCUCACAAGUACAGCUUGAUUUAUGUAAUUACAAAGCUUGGGCUACUGUUUGUGUAUGAUUUAGAGACAGCUAGUGCAGUUUACAGAAAUAGAAUUAGUCCGGAUCCAAUCUUCUUGACAACAGAGGCUUCAUCAGUUGGAGGGUUUUACGCGGUUAAUAGGCGGGGCCAGGUGUUGUUGGCUACAAUUAAUGAACAAACUAUUGUGCCUUUUGUCAGCGGUCAGUUAAACAAUUUGGAGCUUGCUGUCAAUCUGGCCAAAAGAGGAAAUCUUCCUGGUGCCGAAAAUCUUGUUGUCCAGCGUUUCCAAGAACUGUUUGCCCAAACUAAGUACAAAGAAGCUGCUGAACUUGCUGCCGAGUCCCCACAAGGAAUUCUCCGUACGCCUGAUACAGUUGCUAAAUUUCAGAGUGUUCCUGUCCAAACUGGGCAAACCCCACCUCUGUUGCAGUACUUUGGGACCCUCUUGACACGAGGGAAGCUCAAUGCGUUCGAGUCAUUGGAAUUAUCACGUCUUGUAGUGAACCAGAACAAAAAGAAUCUUUUGGAGAACUGGUUGGCAGAGGACAAACUCGAAUGCAGUGAGGAACUGGGAGAUCUUGUGAAGACUGUGGAUAAUGAUCUUGCUUUGAAAAUAUAUAUUAAAGCCAGAGCAACUCCAAAAGUUGUUGCAGCUUUUGCUGAGCGAAGGGAAUUUGACAAGAUACUGAUCUACUCAAAGCAGGUUGGCUACACGCCUGACUAUCUGUUCCUUUUGCAAACAAUUCUUCGAGCAGAUCCGCAGGGUGCUGUUAAUUUUGCAUUGAUGAUGUCUCAAAUGGAAGGUGGUUGUCCAGUUGAUUACAACACCAUAACUGAUCUCUUUCUUCAGAGGAACCUGAUUCGUGAGGCGACCGCCUUUUUAUUGGAUGUUCUGAAGCCAAAUCUUCCAGAACAUGCUUUCCUGCAAACCAAGGUCCUUGAAAUCAAUUUAGUGACUUUUCCAAAUGUGGCUGAUGCUAUUUUAGCCAAUGGAAUGUUCAGUCAUUAUGAUCGCCCCCGAAUUGCCCAGCUAUGUGAAAAAGCUGGUCUUUAUGUGCGAGCUCUGCAACAUUACUCAGAGUUGCCUGAUAUUAAACGUGUUAUAGUGAAUACACAUGCAAUAGAGCCACAGUCACUCGUAGAGUUUUUUGGCACUCUUUCACGAGAAUGGGCAUUGGAGUGUAUGAAAGAUCUUUUAUUGGUCAAUUUAAGAGGCAACCUUCAGAUAAUUGUACAGGUUGCUAAGGAAUACUCUGAGCAGUUGGGUGUUGAUCAAUGCAUGAAGCUUUUUGAACAGUUCAAGUCAUAUGAAGGGUUGUACUUCUUCCUUGGGUCGUUUCUGAGCUCAAGUGAGGAUCCUGAUAUCCACUUCAAGUACAUUGAGGCAGCUGCUAAAACCGGACAAAUCAAAGAGGUGGAGCGAGUUACUAGAGAAUCAAACUUCUAUGACGCUGAGAAAACAAAGAACUUCUUAAUGGAAGCUAAGCUCCCAGAUGCACGACCGCUCAUUAAUGUUUGUGAUCGUUUUGGAUUUGUUCCAGAUCUGACACACUACUUGUACACGAACAACAUGCUUCGUUACAUUGAAGGUUAUGUUCAAAAGGUGAAUCCUGGGAAUGCUCCUUUAGUUGUCGGACAGUUGCUUGAUGAUGAGUGCCCUGAAGAUUUUAUCAAAGGCUUGAUUCUUUCUGUCCGUUCAUUGCUUCCUGUGGAGCCCCUUGUGGAGGAAUGCGAGAAGAGGAAUCGACUUCGUUUACUCACUCAGUUCUUGGAGCAUCUUGUGAGUGAGGGAAGCCAAGACGUACAUGUUCACAAUGCUUUGGGUAAAAUCAUCAUUGAUAGCGGCAAUAAUCCAGAGCACUUCCUUACCACAAACCCAUAUUAUGAUUCACGUGUUGUUGGUAAAUAUUGUGAGAAACGUGACCCUACCCUUGCUGUUGUUGCUUACCGCCGUGGACAAUGUGAUGAUGAACUUAUUAAUGUCACAAAUAAAAACUCUUUGUUCAAAUUGCAAGCAAGAUAUGUGGUUGAGAGAAUGGAUGAAGAUCUUUGGGGAAAAGUUCUUGACCCUGAGAAUGAGUACAGAAGACAACUUAUUGAUCAAGUUGUUUCUACUGCCUUGCCUGAGAGCAAGAGCCCAGAACAAGUGUCUGCGGCUGUUAAGGCUUUCAUGACUGCUGAUUUGCCUCACGAAUUAAUUGAACUUCUUGAAAAGAUUGUGCUUCAAAACUCUGCCUUCAGUGGCAACUUCAAUCUGCAAAACUUGCUAAUUUUAACAGCCAUCAAGGCAGAUCCGUCUAGAGUUAUGGAUUAUAUUAAUAGGCUGGAUAACUUUGAUGGACCUGCAGUUGGGGAAGUAGCUGUGGAAGCCCAGCUGUAUGAGGAAGCAUUUGCAAUUUUCAAGAAGUUUAACUUGAAUGUUCAAGCUGUUAACGUUUUGCUGGAUAACAUCAGAAGCAUUGAUAGGGCUGUGGAGUUUGCAUUCCGUGUUGAAGAAGAUGCCGUUUGGAGCCAGGUUGCAAAGGCUCAACUCCGGGAGGGGCUGGUGAGCGAUGCAAUUGAGUCAUUCAUUCGUGCGGAUGAUGCCACCCAAUUCUUGGAUGUUAUUCGUGCUUCUGAGGAUGCAGAUGUCUACCAUGACUUGGUGAGGUACCUUCUGAUGGUUAGGCAGAAGGCGAGAGAGCCCAAGGUGGACAGUGAGCUCAUUUAUGCAUAUGCAAAGAUUGAUAGGCUUGCUGACAUUGAAGAGUUUAUUCUUAUGCCUAAUGUUGCUAAUCUCCAAAAUGUUGGUGAUCGCCUAUACGACGAGGCCCUCUAUGAGGCUGCAAAAAUAAUAUUUGCUUUUAUAUCUAACUGGGCCAAGUUGGCAAUAACUCUAGUGAAGCUCAAACAAUUCCAAGGUGCUGUUGAUGCAGCACGAAAAGCCAACAGUGCAAAGACAUGGAAGGAGGUUUGCUUUGCUUGUGUUGAUGCUGAGGAGUUCCGCUUAGCUCAGAUUUGUGGCCUCAACAUUAUUAUACAGGUGGAUGAUUUGGAAGAGGUCAGUGAAUACUAUCAGAAUAGAGGAUGCUUCAACGAGCUAAUAUCUCUAAUGGAGAGUGGUCUAGGGUUAGAACGUGCUCACAUGGGAAUCUUUACUGAGUUGGGGGUUCUAUAUGCUAGAUAUCGUCCGGAGAAACUUAUGGAGCACAUCAAAUUGUUUGCAAAUCGUCUAAAUAUUCCCAAGCUUAUACGAGCUUGUGAUGAGCAGCAACAUUGGAAGGAGCUUACCUAUCUGUAUAUUCAAUAUGAUGAGUUUGAUAAUGCUGCAACUACCAUCAUGAAUCAUUCCCCUGAAGCCUGGGAUCACAUGCAGUUCAAAGAUGUUGCAGUUAAAGUUGCUAAUGUGGAGCUAUAUUAUAAGGCUGUGCACUUCUACUUGCAAGAGCAUCCAGAUCUCAUUAACGAUCUUCUAAAUGUGCUCGCACUUCGUGUAGAUCAUACACGUGUGGUUGACAUUAUGCGGAAGGCUGGUCACCUGCUUCUUGUGAAGCCAUACAUGGUUGCAGUUCAGAGCAACAAUGUCUCUGCUGUUAAUGAGGCUUUGAAUGCGAUAUAUGUUGAGGAGGAAGAUUAUGAAAGAUUGCGUGAAUCAAUUGAUUUGCAUGAUAGCUUUGACCAAAUAGGCCUUGCUCAAAAGAUUGAGAAACACGAGCUUCUGGAAAUGAGACGUGUUGCUGCUUAUAUUUACAAGAAAGCUGGAAGGUGGAAGCAGUCCAUUGGAUUGUCAAAGAAGGACAAACUUUACAAAGAUGCCAUGGAGACAGCCUCACAGUCUGGUGACCGUGAACUUGCAGAGGAGUUGCUUGUUUAUUUCAUUGAACAGGGAAAGAAAGAAUGCUUUGCAUCAUGCCUGUUUGUCUGUUACGAUUUGAUUAGGGCAGAUGUUGUCCUUGAACUUGCUUGGAUGAACAACAUGAUUGACUUUGCUUUCCCAUAUUUGCUACAGUUUAUCCGUGAAUACACUGGCAAAGUUGAUGAACUAGUGAAGGACAAACUUGAAGCUCAGAAAGAGGUGAAGGCUAAAGAGCAGGAAGAGAAAGAAGUUAUUGCACAGCAGAACAUGUAUGCUCAGUUGCUGCCUCUUGCUUUGCCUGCACCACCAAUGCCUGGUAUGGGAGGGGGGUUUGCUCCUCCGCCACCUAUGGGAGGAAUGCCACCAAUGGGCAUGCCACCUUUUGGCAUGCCACCAAUGGGCAGUAGCUAUUGAGAUGAACUAUUCUUGUGGAACUGGAUCUUGAAUUUGGUGUUUUAGUCAGUAGGGCAACCUAUUCGAUAGAACGUUCCAUUUAGUGUAAUUUUAUGAAGGCUUACAUGCCGUCAUUUCCUUUUUAUUUUAUUUUAUUUUUCUAAUUUGUUUUUGAUGGGUUGAAAGGGUGCAGCUUAAAUAAUUGUGUCAUAGGUUGUGUGGAUAUGUCGUCUUGUAAUAUUCUUUUGUAGCAGAGGCAUUUUUUCUUUUUGGCUGUUGGUUGAGGGCGAGCUUAGAAUUUUCUCCUCUGUAUUAUUGUUCUCGUUUUUCAAACUUGCCUGAGUAUAAUACAAAACAGUACACUGAUAAUUUUGAAGUGCCUUAUUUA